AUGUUUACUGAUCCUGAAACUAUGACUAAAUUAUCUGCUAGAUAUGGUCAUUACACUUCACCGGAUUACCAAAAUGAUUUAAUCAAAACUAUAGCUUCUAGUACCAGGAAAAAUAUUAUUAAAAAAAUGGCUUUUACUGGAGCUUAUUCCAUACUUUUUGAUGAAACAAAAAACGCAAGCAAAAAGGAGCAGUUAUCAUUUAUCAUUAGAUUUGUUGAUGGCAACUUAAAUAUCCAUGAAAAAGCUAUUGGUUGCUAUCACAUGAAGAAAUGUGAUGCCUAUACUUUAAGUCAAGAAAUUCUUAAUAUUGCUGCUAAUAAUAAGUUAGAUAUACAAAAAUGUGUAGCUCAGUGUUAUGACGGGGCAUCAGUUAUGAGUGGACUAUUUUCAGGGGUUCAAAAAAGAAUAUUAGAUAUUGUGCCACAUGCUAUCUAUAUUCACUGUCAUGCUCACCGUCUUAACCUAUGUUUGGUGCAUACAAUUCAAAAUAAUAAUAUUGUAGUUGACUUUUUUGACACAGUUCAAUCACUGUAUAAAUAUUUAAUGAAUGGGCACACACGUUAUGAGUUAUUUAUGAAAAUUCAAAGAGACAAGAAACUAAAAUAA